AUGGCUCAGUUGAUGCAGCAGCAGCACCACACGACACCCCAGCCCCCCGCCCAGCAACAGUCACUAGCGCCACGGGAUCCCGAGCUGAUCAUGGACGCCCUAUCGGGAAGCAUAAGCGAGUUUCGGUACGACGCAGAAUCCGGUGCCACAUUUCAAGCGUGGUACUCGCGCUUCGAGGAUCUGUUCGUACAAGACGCUUCCCGGCUCGAUGAUUCAGCGAAAAUCCGCCUGCUCACUCGCAAAUUGGGUACAGCGGAACACGCGCGGUACGCAAACUUCAUUCUUCCCUGCCUGCCCCGCGACCUCACGUUCGACGAGACGGUAAGCAAACUAAAGAAGCUAUUCGGAACCGUAGAAUCGCUUAGUAGUAAGCGAUACAAGUGCCUCCAAACAGCGAAAGAGCGAAACGAAGAUCUGCUUCCGUUCGCUUGUAGAGUAAAUCGUGCCUGCAACGAUUUUCAGUUCGCUAGUAUGACGGAGGACCAGUUCAAAUGCUUAAUGUUUGUUUGCGGGUUAAGAGAGGAAGUGGAUAACGACGUCCGAACAAGGCUCCUAGCACGAAUUGAGGAUCGGCCGGAUCUCACGCUGGAGCAGCUAUCCGCCGAAGGCCAACGGUUAACAGGCUUAAAGGUAGUAAGUACAAUGUUCGCCACUGGGAAGGAAGAAAAAGUUCUUGCAUUGCAGAGCGAGAAUAAGCAGCGCAGCGCUCAGAAAAACGAGCGUACUAACCAGCGACAUCCCGACCGAAGUUCACCGGCAUCGAAGCCACCGAGACCGUGCUGGUUAUGCGGCGAUUCCCAUUGGGUGAGAGAGUGUACGUACGGCUCUCACAAGUGCCAGGAUUGUGGGAGAUUUGGCCAUCGCGAGGGUCAUUGCAGCUCGUCAGGCCGAAAAAAGAAGUUCAUCCGAUCUCACAAGCGCACUUCGACAGCGACACGUGUAGUGGUAGUGAAUGUUCGUAACAUUCAUAAGCGCAAAUUUGUAAACAUUCAAAUAGGUAACAAAUCAGCUAGUUUGCAACUCGAUACGGGAUCGGACAUCACAAUAGUCGGAAGGAAAACGUGGAAGCAGCUAGGCAUGCCGCCUCUAACGACAGCAAAAGUGCAUGCGAAGACAGCAUCAGGUACACGCCUUCAGCUGGAUGGCGAGUUUGAGGCGAAAGUCACGAUCAACGGUGUGACAAAAUCCGCAACGAUUCGAGUUGUUCCCUCUAAUCUACAGCUUCUGGGGGCCGAUUUUGUCGACAUUUUUUCGCUAGGAACUUUGCCAAUGGACCAGUUCUGCAAUCGAGUCGAGUGUGAAUCUGCGAAAUGGGAGAGCAGAUUUCCGACUGUUUUCAACGGCACCGGAUUAUGCACCAAGGCGAGUAUCAAGCUGCAAGUAAAAGAAAACGUACGUCCGACCUUUUGUCCCAAGCGCCCAGUAGCUUAUGCCAUGCAAACAACAGUUGAAAAAGAGCUUGAUCGGUUAGAGGCACUUAACGUCAUCACGCCAGUCGAUUAUUCCGAUUGGGCAGCGCCCAUUGUCGUCGUAAGAAAAGGGAACGGUAGUAUUAGGAUUUGCGGAGACUACUCGACAGGAUUGAAUUCGGCUCUCCAGUCUUACGAAUACCCUUUACCGCUCCCAGAUGAUAUAUUCGCAAAGCUGGCUCAAUGUAAAUUUUUUAGCAAAAUCGACCUUUCGGACGCGUUUUUACAGGUCGAAAUUGAUGCUAAAUACCGUCCCCUCUUAACCAUCAACACACAUCGUGGACUGUACCACUACAAUCGCCUACCACCGGGUAUCAAAAUAGCACCGGCCGCAUUUCAGCAACUAAUCGACACAAUGCUCGCAGGGUUACGAGGAACAUCCGGCUACAUGGAUGACGUAAUCGUUGGUGGUAAAACGGAAAGCGAGCACGACGAAAACCUUCUUAACCUUUUCCACAGAAUACGCGAUUACGGAUUUACAAUCCGUGCGGAAAAGUGUGCAUUCAAAACGCACCAAAUCGAAUAUUUAGGUUUCAUCGUCGAUUGUCGUGGACUCAGGCCAAACCCUGCAAAGAUCGAAGCGAUCCUAAAACUACCAGCGCCAACUAACGUAAGCGAAGUCCGGUCUUUCUUAGGCGCAGUAAAUUACUAUGGUAGAUUCGUUCCGAAAAUGCGCGACCUUAGAUACCCUCUCGAUGUUCUUUUAAAGAACGAAACCAGUUUUAUCUGGACUCGCGAAUGCGAACGCGCUUUCAAGCAUUUCAAGGAGAUACUAUCAUCGGAUCUGCUCCUAACACAUUACGAUCCAAACGCCGAAAUCGUAGUAUCUGCAGAUGCAUCAGCGGUGGGACUUGGCGCCACGAUCAGCCACAAAUUCGCAGAUGGCUCGUUAAAGGUUGUUCAGCACGCAUCGAGGGCGCUCACGAAAGCGGAAAACAACUACAGCCAAAUCGAUCGCGAAGGCCUUGCCAUCAUUUUUGCGGUGAAGAAGUUUCACAAAAUGCUGUACGGUCGGCAUUUUCGUCUGCAGACAGAUCAUCGUCCGUUGCUACGGAUAUUCGGAUCCAAAAAAGGCAUACCGGUCUACACAGCUAACAGACUGCAACGUUUUGCGCUGUCCUUGCAGCUGUACGACUUCAGCAUCGAAUAUGUUCCCUCGACAAAGUUUGGAAACGCGGAUCUACUGUCGAGGUUGAUAAGCGAGCAUGCGAAGCCGGAUCCGGAAUACAUCGUAGCCAGCACUGAACUCGAAAAGGACAGACGUUGCGAACGCUACUAG